GAAUUAUAGAGAGAUUUAUGUUUAAGGAUCUGUUCGCAAUAUUAGGGGCUAAUAUCUAGGAGAUCUACAGCUAACAGAUCAGUUUUUCUUAUCCCAUGAUUUUAGGAGAUUUGGUAGUCUGUUACCAAAUCUGUAGAUAUAAGUAUCCUGUUUUAUAGCUUUCAGUUUUAGGUAGUUCUGAUUUCCUUUCUAGAUUAGCUGUAAAUAUCCCUAAAAUAGAUGAGCAUUAUCAUCUAUAUAAAGAGGGGCCUGUAACCUUAUUUUCUAUAUAGUGGAAUCUUACUCUUUCCUUCCACAAACAAGAUGGUAUCAGAGCAAUCUCUGAACCCUAAUUCCCUCAUAUGACCAAAUACGGGAAACGUGAUUCAAGAGCUACCGUUUCCCAAAUCACCUCCAAUCAGGAAGCCAUGGCUUCCAACAAUGAUAGUAACCUCAUGCCCAUUACAGGACACAAACUGAAUGGGAACAACUAUCUCCAAUGGUCUCAUUCCGUAAUGAUGUUCAUAUGCGGAAAGGGCAAAGAUGAUUAUCUCACCGGAGAUGCUGCCAAAUCAAACAAGACGGAUGAAAUGUUCAAAGUCUGGAAUGCCGAGAAUAAUAUGGUCAUGUCAUGGCUCAUUAAUUCCAUGACAAAUGACAUUGGAGAAAACUUUCUUCUCUAUGGAACAGCAAAGGAGAUUUGGGAUGCUGCCAAGGAAAUAUAUUCUAACAAUGAGAAUACAUCGGAAUUAUUCGAGGUGGAAAGUGUUCUUCAUGACUUCCGCCAAGGAGAAUUAAUAGUGACUCAAUACUUCAAAACUCUCAAUCGGUAUUGGCAGCAGCUAGACUUAUUCGAGGAGCACAAUUGGAGCUGUCCGAAUGAUGGAAUCAGGUAUAGACAAAUAAUUGAACGGAAAAUAAUAUACAAAUUGUACUCUCAACAUUUUGCCUUGAAGAUGUGCAUGAGACCCUUUGAACCCAGCCAAGAAAAAGAAGUUUACUGUGCAUUCUUUCUAUCAUAUCUUUAUACCCAGGAGAAAAACUUUCCAUCGGAGGGGUAUUUGGAAAACUAAGGCGCCUAGAAAGGUAUCGUGUUUCCCUUGGAUAGACUCCUUAGAGAAGUUUCUGACCAUGGAUAACCCAAGGAAAUGUCAUAUUAUAGUAGCUAAUUGUGCUGUUUGUGCAGAAGUAUUGUGGUCUGUAGACCACUUUUUAGUCCACUAUGAGGUGGCAAGAACCUUGUGGAAUGACUUAAUUGGUAGUGUUUGGGUUAUGCCAAGAAGGUUAGUAGAUUCUAUGUAAAUUUGAGAAUGUUAUAUAGCUGUUUUCAAAUUACAGCGAUAUGAAAGAUGGCUACUAUAUAUUGAAUGUGUGGUUUCUGGAGGGAAAAGAAUGAUAGAAAUUUAGAAGACCGCUGAUGGAUGGUGCAAGAACUUAAAAUUUUCUUCUUCAAUUCUCCACUGUUGGUAGCCGUUAAAGAUUUUAACCAGCCUAGUCUUCAUGAUCACCUGUAUUGGAUCAUAUGUGACACAUGUAAAUCUUGCCCCCUCCCCCCUCCUUUUUUUAAAUCGUAUGACUAUGUAUGGUUUUUUUAGAUUUUAUAAUUUAUGGAGUGCUGCUUCAUCUGUAGAUGAGAAAUUUUAUUACAAUUAGAGAUGUUGAAUUGAUAU